UCGUCAGCCAGUCAUGGUCUCCGCUGCCUUGUCCUCACGUCCCUCAAGCGUCCAGCGCACAUGCUAUGCGAAGGAAAAUGACACGCACCACACAGAGUCGAAGGCUCGUCAGUCUGCUAUGCGGGAGCAGAUACGACGCGAACAACAACGUCGACGGAUGGUCAAGUGGCGGAAGCAAAAGAAGGAGAAAAAGAUCAACAUGGUCGACGAGCGUCGACGUCUGGAGAAGGAGCUACAGCGUCACGUGCUGCAAGCUCGCAUAGCGCUCAACAACGUCACGAUUCGCUCCGCUGCUGAGGCGUAUCGUCACGUGACCGUCGAGCGCGCAGCUCUGAUGAGUGAGAACGUGGCUCUGAGAGAAGCUAUUGAGAAGAAAGUCAAGGCUCAAGCGCAAGUAGAGCGCGAGGUGCAAGAGUUUCUGGGCCAGCUCCAUACGGAAGAAUCUUUAGAUCUCGUUCAAAGAGACGGCGACGGAUGGCGCGUACAACUCGCGAACGGCGCGCCAUGCUUCUACUUCAGUCCGUUCACUCGGGAGGAGUUCGACAACGUCUUCAAGGACAAUGACGUCACGUAUGCCGAGCGUCAUCCCUGUACCGCUACCGUCGGGAAGAUUCUCGGUUGGACAGUGGACUACGCACCUCUCGUUCGAAAUGAAGCGAGAACUUUCUUCGUGGCCCACGCUCGAUUCACGAGACGGUUGCGUUGCCCUCUCGACAAAGCGCACAGGAUCUUACCCCACCUCGACAAGAAUAUCUGGCCAGUACUAGUGACGCCACGAAGCUGGGGCAUUUCUCAGAUUGGAAUCAACUACUUAAGAGCUUCGACGAGAAUGCUGUGGUUAUGGUUGGUAACAUACCGGGUGACGUUCAUCUACGGUACCUUGUUGCCGCACGACACUCACGAGAACGGCGAUCGGAUGGUAAACGUGUGGACAAGUACAUCAUGACUAUCGCCGACUCGGCUGCGAACUUACGCAACAGACAAGCGGAAGGAGAACAGAAGGACGUGCAAUGGGUCCUCCAGGGUGGCCGGCACCUACAUGA